AUGAAGCAGAAGGCACUAAAGGAAUGUGAAAAUUAUGCAGCAAAAUACGCUGAAUGUGCCUCCGGGAGAACAAUGUCAGUUGUUUGGAAAUGUCGUGAACAAGCUAAUCAAUUAAAUCAAUGCCUUCAUCAGUACACUCAGGAAUCUUUCACAGCCCUUGGUAGCUGGUUUCUCUUCACUUUUGGACUCGAAGUAUCUCGAAAAUAUGGUUCAUUUACAUUUUUCUUGAUCUAUAUUCUUGGAGUAUUCUCUGGAAACCUGAUCAGCUUUCUGCACAUACCAGAGCCAACUCUUGGUGGAACGGGACCUGCAUUUGCUUUAAUUGGAGCUUGGCUAAUUUAUCAAGUUCAGAACAGAGAUGUUAUUGCAACUGAGGCUUCUGAAAGCAUGUUUCAGAAGGCAAUUAUUUUUACAGCUCUCAGCUUUGUUCUAAGCAACUUUGGUCCAAUUGAUGACUGGUCACAUUUUGGAGCAGCUUUUACUGGUAUAGUUUAUGGGUUUUUCACCUGUACAAGUCUGCAAGUGAAAGAUGCAUCUUCGGAUACUGGUCAAGAAGAAAGAAUGACACUUGUUAGACGAUAUGCUGAUCCUUGCAAAUCACUUAUGUGCUUCUCCUUCUUUCUUUUGCUGUUAAGUUCUUUACUUCUUAUUAUUGAACCUCCACUCUAUCUGCUAUAA